AGUGUCUUUAUGGUGUGUGUGUUUGUGUGUGAGAGAGUGUGUGUGAGUGUCUUUAUGGUGUGUGUGUGUUUGUGUGUGAGAGAGAGUGUGUGUGUUUGUGAGAGAGAGUGUGUGUGUUUGUGUGUGAGUGUAUGUGAAUGUCUUUAUGGUGUGUGUGUUUGUGUGUGAGAGAGUGUGUGUGUAUGUCAGUGUCUUUAUGGUGUGUGUGUUUGUGUGUGUGCGUGUGUCUUUAAGGCGCAUGUGUGUGUGAGUUGUGAGACUCGCAGCAGCAGUAGAUCUCUGAAGAACACAGGACACAAGAGCUUCAUUCUCACACGGUCGGGCGGGUUCGGGUCUGUUCGGGUCGGAAUGCAGUCUUCAUCAUCAUCAUCAUCAGUGUUUCUCUUUCUUCUGUCGGGACUUUCUCUUUCUUUGGCUUGUAAUAAAGCUCUGUGUGCCAGUGACGUCAGCAAGUGUCUCAUUCAGGAGUUGUGUCAGUGCCGGCCAUCGGAUGGAAACUGCUCGUGUUGUAAGGAGUGUAUGAUGUGUCUGGGGACUCUGUGGGAAGAAUGUUGUGAUUGUGUUGGCAUGUGCAACCCCAAGAACUACAGCGACACGCCGGCAAUCGCCAAGAGCACGGUGGAGGAACUGUACCGGCCCAUCCCGUCUCUCUUCAGAGCGCUCACCGAGGGCGAAGCGCCCAUCAACAUGAUGGUGGUGUCGUUUCCCGUGGCCGACGAACUCUCCUAUCAUGAGAACCUGGUGUCUUUCCUGGAGACCACGGAGGACGCGCAUCAGAACAUCUCAUUGCCUGGGAACAGCAUCCACGGCAGCUAUGACAAUGCAGAUAAGAUGUGCACAGUUGUGUACUUUGAUGACUGUGUGUCUAUUCGUCAGUGUAAGCAGUACUGCGAGUCGAUGGGCGGAUCGAAGUAUCGCUGGUUUCACAACGCGUGCUGUGAAUGCAUCGGACCCGAGUGCGUCGAUUACGGCAGUAAAGCCGUCAAGUGCAUGAACUGUCUGUACUGACGGCACAUAUGCCGAGAGAGGACUUUUAUACGUUACUUUAAUCAUGUAAAUUACUUUCUUUUUAUUUCUUUGUUUGUUGCAUUUUAUAGAUUUCAGAGGCAAAUGGAUUUUUAUUUGUUUAAUUCUUGCAGACCCGCACACAGCCAGUCUCUCAGAUUGUACAUGCGAUGCCAAUUAGAUGAUUUUCAUAUAGAGCAGAGAACAGAAAUAGGUACGUGUGCUUUUGCAGCAUAUUAUAUUCAUAUACAGACACAUUAUGAACCUUUUAUUAGGUCUUUAUUAAGAGUGAGUUGUACAUAUAUAAUGGAAACACUUUACAUAAAUGUUCCAUUUGAUAACAUCAGUAAAUGCAUUAGAGAUCGUGAACUAACAAUGAACAAUAUUCUACAGCAUUUAGUAAUUUUGGUUGUUAAUUUAUGAAAAUAUUAAUUGAUAGUUCAUAAUGUAUUAAAAAUGUUAACAUAAACCCCUUUUAAUUUUAACAAUUAAUGAGUUUAAAGGUAUAGUUCACCCAAAAAUGUUAAUUCUCUCAUCAUUUACUCACCCUCAUGUCAUCCCAGAUGUGUUUGACUUUCUUUCUUCUGCUG